AUGUUAAAAGUAGCAGUCUGCACCUUGUUCGUUCUUAGUAUUACAGCAAUUGAUAUCUACACUUCAGUACACAACUAAAAAAUGUUUGCUCAAAUCAAAUAAUCAAGAUGGGGAAGCUUUAUCUUGAAUUUUGGUAAGUUCCAUUUGUAAAUAGGCGGUAUCCUCAACACAAAAAUUGCCAAAUUUAUUGAUGAAUUGGAUGAGGAAUUAGCAGAAGUUCAUCAUUAAUAUGCAAGAAGAACAGAUGUCCACAAUAGAGAAGUAGGAAGACUUUAAUAAGAAAUCUAAGAUAAAGAAAGAGUUCAACGCUCACAAUUUCUAUAAUAAUAUAGAAUUGCUGCCCAACUGGAAUAAUUAUAAGAAAACAUUGAUUAAAACAGAAGAACCCUUAAUGAGGUAACAGUCUAAAGAGCCAAUGAUCAUACUGAUUUUGAAGCUAAGGUUCUGAACAAAAUGAAGCCAUCAGUGCUAUUGAUGAAUCACUUAGUUUACUCAAUCAAUUAUCAUCACCUUCACUAAUUAAAUCUAAAAGUUUAGACGAAUUUAUCAAAAUCUAAUAAACCCUCAAUAGAUCCAGCACUUUCUAAAAAUUCAUCAAGAUUUUUAUUGAAAUCCCUAUAGAAGCUAACUUUGACGAUUAAUGAGCUCUUAAAGAAAUCCUCGUUGCAUUCAACAACUUGAGAGUUUAAUUUAGUUGAUUCACCUAACAAAAUCACAGACGAUGAAGCUGGAUAAUAAAAAGAUUUCAAAGGAAGAGUUAUUCAA